AAGUUAUAAAAGGGAUUGAUAAAACUACUACUCCCCUCAAAAUAAUCAUGUCUGAUAUACCAUUAAUGCAACAAGUGCGUCUAGACUCCCCUCGAAUUUAUAGAAGACUGGUAAUAUAUAUUGACCUGCCUAUUUCGCAAUUGUUGCAUCAAUUAUCUGGAAUUCGGCGUGAGUUAAGAGGAGACGACAUUUUACAACUAAGUAUUUGUAGGAUCGCUGGCGACCAUGGAUGUUCAUACGUACGAUUGUCAACUCGUUACAUAUGGUUAUAUUUACUGAACGAAAAUCAACAAAGGAUCUACAGUGACAUAGCGAGGUCAGUUAAUAAUUACAGAUUGUUGACUCCUUCGCGACCGAGAAGAAGUUUAAGAACAACAUUAGAACAGAUUCAAACAACUGUUCAAAGAAAUUCUUUUCUUGCCGUACCUACACAAAAUAAUCUGACCCCGGACCAGGAUGCGAGGGAAAUUUUAAAUUCAGAUUUAUUUGACGGAUCCCCACAGCAGUUCUGUUUUUUUGGACCUGAUUCUUCGCCAGAUUAA